GAAGCGAGCCGCCUCAAACCCCAAAACCCUUCCCAUCCCCCGUUCCUGCGCCAUGGCGCAGAUUCCGAUAGAGCUCGAGGUUGGGUGGCGGUCCAUGGUGGCCGGCAUCUCCAAGCUCAAGAGCAUCCUUGGCGGUGACGGAGGCGUGUGCUUCAGCUCCAAGGAGUACAUCGAUCUCUACACGACGAUAUUCAACAUGUGCACGCAGAAACCACCGAACGACUACUCGAAGCAGCUCUACGAGCGCUACAAGGAGGCCCUGGACGAUUACAUAAAAUCUGUGGUCGUACCCUCGUUGAAGGGCAAGCACGGUGAAUUUCUACUGAGGGAAUUGGUUGGGAGGUGGAAGAACCACAAGGUGAUGGUCAGGUGGUUGAGCAGGUUCUUUCACUACCUCGACCGAUACUACGUUUCACGGAAGUUGCUUCUGCCGCUGAAUGAACUCGGCCAGAGUUGCUUCCACGAUCUUGUUUUCAAAGAGCUAAAAACUACAUUGACUCUGACUUUGAUUGACAUGAUUGAUGCUGAGAGGGAGGGUCAGCUUAUAGACCGUGCUCUUGUCAAGGAUGUCAUUGAUAUCUAUGUCGAGAUUGGAUGGGGUAGCUUAGGUCUUUAUGAGGGUGAUUUUGAACAGGAUUUUCUCAAUAGUACUACAGAUUACUAUUCAAAGAAGGCACAAGCCUGGAUUGUGGAGGAUUCUUGCCCUGAAUACCUGCUCAAGGCUGAGGAAUGUUUACAAAAAGAGAAAGAGCGAGUAGGACAUUACUUGCAUUCCAAAACUGAAACAAAAUUGCUAGAGGAUUCUUUAUUAGAGCUGAUAAGUAGGCGGGCAGAACAAAUUCUUAAUAAGGAGAAUUCUGGAUGCAGAGUGUUGCUUUUAGAUGGAAAGACCGAGGAUCUAUCAAGGAUGUGUAGGCUCUUUUCUAGGGUGGAGGACGGGCUGUUUCAACUGUCUAAAGUAUUUAAGGAGCAUGUCAACGAGGAGGGUAUGUCCCUGUUGAAAAGUGCAACUGAUGCUGCCAACAGUAAGAAUGAGAGGAAGGAAAUAGUGGGUGCGCUGGAUCAGGAUUUUGUGCGGAAAGUCAUCGAGCUCCACGACAAACAGCAAUCAUAUGUUAUCAACUGUUUCCAAAACAACACAGUAUUCCACAAGGCUAUUAAGGAGGCUUUCGAAAUUAUUUGCAACAAAGAAGUUGCUGGCUGCACUAGUGCUGAAUCGCUUGCAACAUUCUGUGACAACAUCUUACGGAAAGGUGGAAGUGAAAAAUUAGGUGAUGAAGCUCUAGAAGAGACACUUGAAAAGGUGGUGACCAUUCUAACAUACAUCAGCGAUAGGGACCUCUUUGUUGAGUUUCACAGAAAGAAGCUUGGAAAGAGAUUACUCUUUGAUAAGAGUGUCAAUGAUGAACAUGAGAGAAGCCUUCUUUCCAAGCUAAAGCAGUACUUUGGGGGACAGUUGACUUCAAAGAUGGAGGGCAUGCUCGGUGAUAUGACAAGAGCGAGAGACCAACAGGCUAACUUUGACGAAUACAUGAGCCAGAUCACAGAAUCAAAUCCUAGGGUAGACUUCAGUGUUACUGUUUUGACGGCAGGACGCUGGCCAACCUACAAGAGCUCUAAUAUAAAUCUUCCUUCGGAGAUGAUCAAAUGUGUGGAAGCUUUCAAGAACUAUUAUGAUUCCAAAGAGAAAUGCAAAAAGCUUAGUUGGUUGUAUUCUAUGGGAAACUGCAACAUCGUUGCAAAGUUUGACACCAAACCUAUCGAGCUGAUUGUUACAACAUAUCAGGCUGCACUGCUGCUGCUAUUCAACGGAGCUGAUCGACUAAGUUACUCAGAGAUCGUGACACAACUAAACCUGCCUGAUGACGAUGCUCUGCGCUUGCUCCAUUCGCUCUCAUGUGCAAAGUACAAGAUUCUCAACAAAGAGCCACUUAACCGGACAAUUUCUCCGAAUGACAUCUUUCUGUUCAACCACAAAUUUACCGAUAAGAUGCGGAGGAUAAAGGUACCGCUUCCUCCAACUGACGAGAAGAAAAAGGUUGUCGAAGAUGUCAACAAGGACAGAAGGUUUUCUAUCGAUGCAGCCAUUGUGCGUAUCAUGAAGAGCCGCAAGGUGAUGGGCCAUCAGCAGCUCGUGGUGGAAUGCGUGGAGCAGCUUAGUCGCAUGUUCAAGCCUGACGUCAAACUUAUCAAGAGGAGGAUCGAGGAUCUUAUCAGCAGGGAAUAUUUGGAACGUGACCUGGAGACGACGAACAGCUACAGAUACUUAGCUUAAUUGGUGCUGACUGUUGCGUUCAGGGGCAGCAUGUUUCUG